CAGAUUACAUCCAUUCAACACUGUGCUUUCGCAAUCAACACCAACAAGUGAACUGAGCAUGAGAAGAGGAGAUUUCUGCAAGGAAGAAAUUCACUGCUACAACAAACUAAGAUGCCAACUGAAGAAACUAGUGAUCAAGGCACACCACAACUGAAUCCAGGAGAGGAGUUGAAUAUGAGCCUCAGAGGGGAACCAUCACGAGCAUCCAGAGAAUCUGAGGUACAAUCAAGACUUGCUUCAGCCAAGGUUUUCUCAUGCAACUUCUGCAUGCGAAAGUUCUACAGCUCACAGGCAUUGGGUGGACACCAAAAUGCUCACAAAAGGGAAAGAGGCGCAGUACGACAUUAUCAGUUGCACAAAAAGAUGGCAAUGAUGGCCCUGCCCAUGACUAUCCGCACUUCCAUGUUAAGAUCACUUGGGGUCCAAACCCAUUCCCAUGUGCACAAACCUGGCAGAGAUGAAAAUAUGACUGUAGCCAGAUAUGGUGAGGCUAACACGAGAUUUGGAAUAGCACAGCAGCAUGGCACACUGGAAGUAGCAGCAGAUUUGAUGUGGCCUGGAAGCUUCAGACCGGAACCUCAACAACCAGAGCAGAAAUCAUCCAACUCAACUAUGCUCGACUUAAAUCUCAAACUUUAAAAAUUAUGUUUCGGCGAGGGCAAGUAUUAUAGAUUUUAUUGUAACCUAUGCUUUCUAGAUAUUUUCCAGAAGAUACGAGUGACUACUUAAAGCUCAAUGUGAAAUUGCUGAAGUUCAAUAUUUUUAGUUUCCUGCUCUUUAUUUGUAAUCUAGUGAGUAUAACAAUAAAUUACAGACUGCAAAUCUGAUAGUAGACACCUAAAACCUGUAUCCUAUUCCCUAAGCACGUCUUGCACUGCAUGUUUCCCUGUCAAA